AUGGCAUCGGCUGUGGACAAGUCCACAGCCGACGCCAUCACAAAAUUUAUCUACGGUGUCGGUCGUGGUCCUGUCUCUGGUCGUGGACGACAGGCAUAUGAACUGGCGAAGACGAUUUUGCAAAAAGGUUAUGCUCCAAUCAUUGGCGAAGGCAGAGCACAUUGGGAUAAUGUGCACGUGCACGACCUAUCCGAGGUGUACCUGGCCCUCGUGGACGCUGGUGUUGAGAAAAGGCUAGAUUCGGAGCUCUGGGGCGAGAAAGGCUACUUCUUUGUCGCAAACGGCAGGCAUGUGUGGGGCGAUUUGUCCCGGUUGAUCGCGCAAAAGGCUUCUGACGCUGGAUACAUUCCGAAAGAGUUCGAAGAGCAGAAGUUGAGCAAGGACGAGGCGUGGGAGUUGGCGGAUUUCCAAGCGCUGAGCUGGGGACUGAACUCGCAAGGCAAGGCAGAGCGAGCGAGUAAGGUGCUGGGUUGGCAGCCCAAAGAAGGUAGCCUCGAGGACGAGGUGCCGCAUAUCAUCGAGCAAGAGAAGAGGAGACUGCAGUGA